UAAGCUAGUUGCCUCUCAUUAGUAAAGCCACUUCAUUUGACUGUGUAAUUCUCAGAAGAAGGAUCAGUGGAUAUGAUGAUGGAAGGUGAAGGUAGUAGUAGCAGCAAGAAGAGAGGAGUUCAAAAUCAUGACGAUGGCUUCAUUAAUACUCUGUUUUCUUGGUCUCUUGAUGACAUUCGUAACAAAAAUCUUUUCAGUCAUAAGGUGGAAAAAAUUCCGGAAUCAUUUGAAUCUGUCACUCAGUAUUUGGGGUCAUUUGUUUAUCCUUUGUUGGAAGAAACACGAGCAGAACUGUUUUCACCUAUGGAGAUCAUUUCAAGAGCACCUUAUGCUAAGGUGGAUGUUUUUAGGCCUCUUGGAUCUGAGUUAUUUGAUGUUAAGAUUGAUUACUGGAGGAACAGGUUCAGUAACAAUGGUAAAGAGCCUUAUAAAACUUUGCCGGGGGAUAUUUUAAUUUUAGCAGAUGCGAAACCUGAAACUAUUUCCGACUUGGAGAGGGUUGGUAGAAUGUGGUCUUUUCUAUCAGUCAUGACAAUCGCUGAGGAUGAUAAUGAUAGCACUUCUACUUACUUUAAAGUGAAGGCUUCAAAAAGCAUCCAGCAGUUUGAAAGGGAGAAAUCACUGUUUGUGAUUUUCUUGGCAAAUAUUACUACUAACAGAAGAAUAUGGAAAUCCUUGAACAUGUCCCGAAAUUUGAAGAUUAUCAAAAAAGUUUUACGCGGGAAUUCCGUGUCGGAGGAAAGUUGCCAAGUCUGUUCUGAACUGAAUGGAGGGAUCUUAUAUGAGAAAUUUGGUAGUGGCUUAUCAUCAACAUUGAAUGCUUCGCAAUUGAAUGCAGUUCUUGCCUGUCUUGAUGGAGUGCGUUGUGAUCACAAGUCCUCUGUGCAACUUAUAUGGGGUCCCCCUGGAACAGGGAAAACUAAAGCUGUUAGUAUGCUUCUCUUUACUCUGUUGAAAACAAAAUGCAGAACCCUUACUUGUGCCCCGACGAAUGUUGCAAUUACAGAAGUUGCUUCUCGUGUUCUGAAGCUGCUGAAAGAAUCGAUUAAAACUGAUGACUAUGGAAGUGAGACUCUGAUGCUUCCUCUUGGAGAUAUUCUCUUGUUUGGGAGUAAGGAGAGACUCAAAGUUGGUCAAGAAAUAGAAGAAAUAUAUUUGGAUUAUCGCGUUAAAAAGCUUUCAGAGUGUUUUGGUACGCUGACUGGCUGGAGGCAUUGCUUCUCAUCCAUGAUGGAUUUACUUGAAGAUUGUGUUUCUCAGUAUCACAUUUUCUUGGAGAAUAAAUUGGUAAAGAAGAGAGAAAGUACUGACAAAAAUGAAGUCAAAGAGAAUUACAGGAAUAUGGAAAUGGAAGGUGACAAUGAGGAGUUUAAAUCAUUUCUUGAAUUUGUGAGAGAUAGAUUUAAACAUACUGCUACUCCUCUUAGGAAUUGUAUAUUUAUCUUCUGCACUCACAUACCAAAACGUUUCAUUUUGGAAAGUAAUUUUCAAAAUAUGAUAGAUCUUAUCAGUUUACUUGAUUCUUUCGAAACUUUGUUGUUUCAAAAAAAUGUAGUUUCUGACGAGCUGCAAGAGCUCUUUUCACAUUCAGUAGCUGAAGAGUUUUUUUCAUCACCUGGGCAUAGAAAUUACUUGUUGCAGAAAAGGAGAGGUGAAUGCCAUACAGUUUUAAAAAAUCUUCAGGAUUCCUUUAAUAAACUUAAGUUUCCAAGUGGUAUGAACAUAGAUUCAUUAAAAGCUUUCUGCUUUAAAACAGCUUCUGUAAUAUUUUGCACUGCUUCUAGUUCAUUUAAGCUGCAUUCAGUGGCCAUGGAACCACUGAACGUUCUGGUCAUUGAUGAAGCGGCACAACUAAAAGAAAGUGAGUCGACAAUACCCCUGCAACUGUUGGGCUUAAAUCAUACUAUUCUCAUUGGGGAUGAGUGCCAAUUGCCAGCAAUGGUUAAAAGCAAGGUUACUGACGAAGCUUCCUUCGGGAGAAGCUUAUUUGAGAGGCUGAGCUCAUUGGGUCGCUCUAAACACCUGCUCAAUACACAGUAUCGGAUGCACCCCUCAAUUAGCUGCUUCCCAAAUUCUUAUUUUUAUAACAACCGGAUUUGGGAUUCUCCUAAUGUUAAAAGAAGAAUCAACAAAAAUGUCUUUUUGCCAAGAUCUCCAAUAUUCCGUCCAUAUUCUUUCAUCAAUAUUCUUGAAGGGAGAGAAGAGUCCAUUGGCCGUAGCUGGAGAAAUAUGGUUGAGGUAGCUGUUGUGAUGAAAAUAUUGCAGAACCUGUACAAAGAUUGGAAUGACUCAAAACAGAAGCUGAGCAUUGGCAUAGUCUCACCUUACAGUGCUCAAGUACAAGCAAUUGAAAAAAAACUUGGAGGCAAGUAUGAUGACUCUGAUGACUUUACUGUAAAAGUGAAGUCGAUUGAUGGGUUUCAAGGUGGUGAGGAGGACAUUAUUAUAAUUUCCACUGUGAGAAGCAACGAAAGGGGAUCCAUUGGAUUCUUGUCCAAGCCACAGAGAAUCAAUGUUGCACUUACAAGGGCCAGGCACUGUUUAUGGAUUUUAGGGAAUGAAAGGACCUUAACUCAUGGUGAAUCUGUUUGGAAAAUCUUAAUCAAUGAUGCUAAGGACCGCUGUUGUUUCUUUAAUGCUGAUGAAGAUAAGGAUUUGGCCAAAGCUAUAUUAGAGCCCAAAAAAGAGCUUAAUGAAUUGAAUGAAUUGCUGAAUGCUGACAGUGUACUUUUCAACAAUCAAAAGUGGAAGCAGAACAGGAGUACUAAAGGCAAGGCAACGGAGGCAGGUUCAGAAGAGAAAUUGGAUAAGGACAGUAAGGAGGCAUUGCAAGUUCAUCUAGCCUCUGGUUCCCAGUGGCCAAAAAAUUCUGAGAAGAUUGAAAACAAGGGGAAGGGAAAGAAAAAGCCUAAGAGAAAGAACAAGCGAAAUGAAUUCUGGCGACAGAAAGAUGCAGAUGAUGAAAAGAGCAUUUUGUUGAAUGCCCCAGCAGUUGAGUUGGAUGUUCACUUGAAUAACCUAUUCUUGCAGCAGAAUAGGAGUACUAAAGGCAAGGCAACAGAGGCGGGUUCAGAAGAGAAAUUGGAUAAGGACAGGAAGGAGGCAUUGCAAGUUCAUCUAGCCCCUGGUUCCCAGUGGCCAGAAAAUUCUGAGAAGAUUGAAAACAAGGGGAAAGGAAUGAAAAAGCCUAAGAGAAAGAACAAGCGAAAUGAAUUCUGGCAACAGAAAGAUGCAGAUGAUGAAAAGAGCAUUUUGUUGAAUGCCCCAGCAGUUGAGCAGAAUAGGAGUACUAAAGGCAAGGCAACAGAGGCGGGAUCAGAAGAUAAAUUGGAUAAGGACAGUAAGGAGGCAUUGCAAGUUCAUCUAGCCUCUGGUUCUCAGUGGCCAGAAAAUUCUCAGAAGAUUGAAAACAAGGGGAAGGGAAAGAAAAAGCCUAAGAGAAAGAACAAGCGAAAUGAAUUCUGGCAACAGAAAGAUGCAGAUGAUGAAAAGAGCAUUUUGUUGAAUGCCCCAGCAGUUGAGCAGAAUAGGAGUACUAAAGGCAAGGCAACAAAGGCGGGAUCAGAAGAGAAAUUGGAUAAGGACAGUAAGGAGGCAUUGCAAGUUCAUCUAGCCUCUGGUUCCCAGCGGCCAGAAAAUUCUGAGAAGAUUGAAAACAAGGGGAAAGGAAUGAAAAAGCCUAAGAGAAAGAACAAGCGAAAUGAAUUCUGGCAACAGAAAGAUGCAGAUGAUGAAAAGAGCAUUUUGUUGAAUGCCCCAGCAGUUGAGCAGAAUAGGAGUACUAAAGGCAAGGCAACAGAGGCGGGAUCAGAAGAUAAAUUGGAUAAGGACAGUAAGGAGGCAUUGCAAGUUCAUCUAGCCUCUGGUUCCCAGUGGCCAGAAAAUUCUCAGAAGAUUGAAAACAAGGGGAAGGGAAAGAAAAAGCCUAAGAGAAAGAACAAGCGAAAUGAAUUCUGGCAACAGAAAGAUGCAGAUGAUGAAAAGAGCAUUUUGUUGAAUGCCCCAGCAGUUGAGCAGAAUAGGAGUACUAAAGGCAAGGCAACAAAGGCGGGAUCAGAAGAGAAAUUGGAUAAGGACAGUAAGGAGGCAUUGCAAGUUCAUCUAGCCUCUGGUUCCCAGCGGCCAGAAAAUUCUGAGAAGAUUGAAAACAAGGGGAAAGGAAUGAAAAAGCCUAAGAGAAAGAACAAGCGAAAUGAAUUCUGGCAACAGAAAGAUGCAGAUGAUGAAAAGAGCAUUUUGUUGAAUGCCCCAGCAGUUGAGCAGAAUAGGAGUACUAAAGGCAAGGCAACAGAGGCGGGAUCAGAAGAUAAAUUGGAUAAGGACAGUAAGGAGGCAUUGCAAGUUCAUCUAGCCUCUGGUUCCCAGUGGCCAGAAAAUUCUCAGAAGAUUGAAAACAAGGGGAAGGGAAAGAAAAAGCCUAAGAGAAAGAACAAGCGAAAUGAAUUCUGGCAACAGAAAGAUGCAGAUGAUGAAAAGAGCAUUUUGUUGAAUGCCCCAGCAGUUGAGCAGAAUAGGAGUACUAAAGGCAAGGCAACAAAGGCGGGAUCAGAAGAGAAAUUGGAUAAGGACAGUAAGGAGGUAUUGCAAGUUCAUCUAGCCUCUGGUUCCCAGCGGCCAGAAAAUUCUGAGAAGAUUGAAAACAAGGGGAAGGGAAAGAAAAGGCCUAAGAGAAAGAACAAGCGAAAUGCCGCUCUCGCAUUAGAUCCUAAAGCCUUGUCUACAACAAACGUGAAAUUGCUGGCUAAGAUAGCGCUAAACUUGGCUGUAUCUAAUUCCACAAGCAGCCUAAAAUACAUUGAUGCAAUGGCGAAGAAGGAAAAAUCUUCACCGAAACUGAAAUCGGCACACGAGUUCUGCAUUUCACAGUAUCAGUACACCGUGAAUUCAUUCAAAAGUGCUUUGAGCGACUUGGAUGUAGAUCCUAUGACUGCAAAUUAUGAUGCAAAAGUUGCUUCUGAUGGUGCAUCUUACUGUGCAGACAAACUGAAAUCUGAGGGAUUUCAAUCUAAAGACGGUUACCAAUAAGAUGCGCUGAAUUAAUUGGUAUAAAUAAUAUUCUAUGGCAUGGUUACAUUACAUACGGGAAAGUUUUCUUCUUUUUUUGGGAAUAAUUACUGAUGUUAUCUAUUUGAAUCAAAUGAUUUAAUUUUAUU